UCCCUCCGCCGCCGCUCUUGUCGCGUCUACUCCCUUGUCGCCAUCAUUGCAGAACCCUAUCUGCCACUCUUGUCGCGUCUGCUCCCUUCAUCACCGUCGUCGCACGAGCUCCCUUCGCCACCGCUCUCAUCGUAUCUGCUCUCAUCAUUGACCUCAGCAACGGCCAAUCGCCGGUCAUCCUCAUCCACCGGUUCAGGAAUCACUACACUCAUCCUGAUUCAAAUUGGUAUGGUUUUGCAUCACUUUCAAUUUUUGAAUUCUUCUCAUUUGAAAUUUUUUAUGUUUGUUCUUUUGUGAAUUUUUAACGAUGCAGCUUUUGUGGCUCCAAUCUGCCAUGUGGGAAGAAUGUUCUCACUAUCUGCAGGGAAUCACAUGUACACAAAAUAAGUCACUUCAUCUCUUCUUCGGUCUCUAUCUUUCAAUUUUUCGCUAAUUUGAAUUUCCUAAACUAGUUAAUACUAGUUUGGAAUCAUCAAUUUCAAUUUUCUGCUAUCAAUUUAAUAGUUUGGGAAAAUCAUUUGAAAGUGUAUAGCAGUAUUAAGAGAGUUCUUGGUCAUGCACCUGCAGCCACAAGUUCUUCACAGCAUUUCUGAGUUUUUAGGACUGGUGCUGUGAAUGCUGCAUCAGGAUCAGCCUAUACAGAAUUUGGAAAUACCAAGGUCAUUGUAUCUGUGUGAGUAAUUUUCUUAAUUGAAUUGUGUUAAUUACUAAAUCAGCUUGCUCUGGUGUGUUUUUUCGUAGCUCUCGUUUGUUCUUUCGUGUAACAUGGAUUCCUAUGUUAGCUUACUUGUUUGGUGCUGCCCCAAGAACACUUGCCACUUCUGCACCAUAAUUCUAUCUGGAGAGCCGACAACUCUGUCAAAACAUCUUCAACUCUAGAAAUAUAAUAAAGCUUCCUCAUAUUCCUUUAAUGUAUGCACAAAAUUCGGCUUCCGUAAAUGAGUUCAUUGGGCAGUCUUGGACUCCUGGGAUAAGACAAUACAAAAUCAUAUUACCAACUAUACCUUGUCAUCCCAGGAAAGCAUUUCAAACAAGGAGGAAUGGUUCUCCCAUUUCAACCUCUUUCCAUGGCUUUCAGCAAUAUCAAUUACUAUGUGGAUGUCCCUUUGGGAUACAAGAAGAAAGGAUGCAACUGCUUGUUAAUAUUACUGGAGCUUUUAGGCCUAGAGUAUUGACAGCAUUGGUUGGAGUAUGUGGGGCUGGAAAAACCACGCUAAUGAAUGUCUUGGCUGGAAGAAAAACUGGAGGUGUUAUAGAAGGGAACACAUACAUAUCUGGUUAUCCCAAAAGGCAAGACAGUUUUGCAAGAAUUUCUGGUUAUUGUGAGCAGACAGAUGUUCAUUUCCCUUGCUUGAUUGUCUGGGAGUCGUUAUUGUUUUCUGCUUGGCUCCAGUUAUAUUCAGAUGUUGAUUUUGAAAUGCAAAAGGUAAAGAGUUACAAAGGUGUAUAUUCUCCUUACUACAUGCAACAUAUGCUAGUUUCUAUUAUAUAAAUAUUUUUUUGGUGAA